CUCCUCUCCUUUCUUGAAUCCCUUCCACUUCCCAGCUCACUCUCCCAUGGCGACCACCUCGACCCUCUCCGCCGCCCACCUCUCCUCCCUCCCCGCCCACCACCGCCGCCACCGCCACCGCAACCCCCGCCGCGUCUCCCUCUUCGCGAAACCCUCCUCCGGUUUCCCCAAAUUCCCUCUCCUGAGCAACCCCUCUGUUUCGAGACCCUCCGCCGCCGCCGCCGUCCCCAGGGCCGGCGACAUCGACACGUCCUUCUUCGACACCGUCAACCCCGACGCCGACGUCGCCUUCGACCCGCCCGCCCCGCCCGAGGGCUUCGUCCCCCCGCCGUCCUUCGACGACGGGCCCCCCGAGGCCGAGGACGAGAUCGCCGCCGCGUACGAGGAGCUCUACGGGCCCGCGUACAGCGGGGUCAGCGUGCUGGGCAACGACGUCUCCGUGAUGGACUCGAAGGUGAAGAAGACGACCGGGUUCGGGAAGGUGAAGCGGGAGAAGGUGAAGGACGGGUUCGACGAGCGGGUGGUCCAGGUGCGGAGGGUCACCAAGGUGGUGAAGGGAGGGAAGCAGCUGCACUUCAGGGCCAUCGUGGUCGUCGGCGACAAGAAGGGCCAGGUCGGCGUCGGCGUGGGGAAGGCGAAGGAGGUCAUCGCCGCUGUCCAGAAGUCCGCGGUCAACGCGCGGCGCAACAUCAUCACCGUGCCCAUGACCAAGUACCUGACUUUUCCUCACAGGUCUGAGGGAGAUUAUGGGGCGGCUAAAGUGAUGUUAAAACCUGCUUCUCCUGGUACUGGGGUUAUUGCCGGAGGAUCUGUGAGGAUAGUUCUAGAAAUGGCCGGUGUUGAGAAUGCUUUGGGGAAGCAGCUCGGGAGCAAGAACGCCCUUAACAAUGCGAGAGCGACCGUCGUCGCGGUGCAGCAGAUGAGGCAAUUCCGCGACGUCGCUCUCGAGCGUGGAAUUCCCAUGGAAGAAUUGUGGAAGUGAUGGAGCCGGCGUGAUGAAUUUGUAUGUAGCAUGGCUUCUUCUUCAUGAUGCCUUCUUACUAGUUUUUUACUUCGAUUUCAUAAGAGAUGAUUCUUUUUUCCUUUUGGGGGAUUAGAAUGUUGUCAUCUCUCAUAUGAUCGGCCCUCUGUUACUUAAUAGCAACUUGGUUUUGAAUCAAAGUGUCACAAAGCUUUUGCCACCACGAAAAGCAAAGCAAAAGGGAGUGUCGCCUUUAUCCUAUUCCAUCGCAACUAAACAUAACUUAUCUCAGGAAAAGAGAAAUUGGUCUGAAAAGUGAAAGGAAAGGCAGGCACCCAGUGGAUGUAUAACAAGAAUAGCCAAGAAUGGUUGAGCAUCUUCUGAUCUGUAAGAAUAGCAUCUGGAGAGAGAGAGAGAGAGAGAGAGAGAGAGAGAGAGAGAGAGAGAGAGCCCUAUAAAAUUAGUGAGGGUUCAUGACGAAGUUGAGCUAGAACUGAGCAUUCGAAGGAAAUGAAGUGCUUGUUUCAGCUGCCAUGCUGCUCCUGCUUUUGCUUCCUCAAGCCUAAAAAGAGCAAGCACAACAAAGAGAAAGAGGCCAAAGGGGACUAAUGCAGCCAAAGAGGACACUCACACAUCCAACCAUGGAUGAAUCUCUCUCUCUCUCUCUCUCUCUCUCUCUCUCUCUCUCUCUCUCUCUCUCUUGAUGGGAAUGGCAAUAAAAGAGAGAUUGGGCACUGUUCUUUUCUUUUGCCCCUUUUUCUAAAGUGCUGUAUUUUUCUUGUUUUCUGAAGCAAAGGGUGCAAUCAUAAAGAGCUGUUGCACUCAGCUUUGUUGAAAGUGCAAAUGGAGCUUUUGGGUUUGGU